ACGGUAAUGAGGGGCAUGGGAGGGAAAUGACGCAUGUGGGUAGCUUUUCCGUGAAGAGCAGUUUCACUUUGAAAGCAUGGAUCACACCAGAAAUGACUACAUAUUCCAAAAAACAUUUUGUCCCUAGCCGGGUGACGUGUUUUCAAAAUACACGGAGUUAGUCGAUGACUUUUAUUUUGUUUUAAAACUAGUUAAUAACUUCCAGUGAUAAUUAAACUAUAGUAAAGUAAGCAUGAGGACGAGGAACCUCUUGACCAAAGCAGGUGUUUUGGGCUCGGUGUCCAUGGCGUUUGGAUCCAUGCUCUGGUCUCAUAAGAAGACAGAACCAACCCAGACGGAUUCGGGUUCGGCCCCCUCAUGCAAGGAACCACCUUUUCCUUACGAGCUCAAACUCGUACAAGUCCUGUUCCGCCACGGAGCCCGAACCCCGCUGAAGUCUAUACCAGGCAUCAUGGAGGCCCAGUGGAUGCCUAACCUCCUGGAACCCCCAGCACACACACAGAUCAACUAUGUGGUGACAGACCUGGAAGGAGGUCCACGGCCCUCCUCACCGGUGGAGGACAGCUAUCGGGCCAACAUACUGACGGGGGGUACGUACCCAGGUCAGCUGACCACGGUGGGCAUGCAACAGCUGUAUGAGCUGGGAGAGAGGCUGAGGAAGAGAUACAUCCAGGACACAGCCUUCCUCAACCCCACCUUCAGCCCUACAGAGGUUUAUGUGCGUUCCACUAACAUUGUGAGAACCAUAGAGUCUGCCAAGUGCCUGGUGGCAGGGCUGUUCUAUCAAAGCCAGAGAGACAUGGUUCCCAUUCUGACGACUGAGGCAGAGUCAGAGAUCCUGUACCCUAACUACCAUGGAUGCAGACUGCUCAAACUCCUCAGCGGUCAUCGCUGGGCGGAGUCAUCCACUCUGCCAGACAUUGCUGCGGACCUGAGGAGCAUCAAGAGUGCUCUGGGCAUCGCUGGCCACCAACGGGUUGACUUCAUCCUCAUCAGGGACGACAUGGUGGCAAGAGAGACCCACGGCCUACCCUGCCCACCAGUCCUUGACUCCUGGAGAAACACAGUGGAGCGGAGAGCUGUGGAGAUGAUCUACCACAUCUACGAACCCAGCAAGAGGGAGAACCUGCAGCUGUGUGUGGGUCCCCUCCUGCAUGUCCUAAUGGGCAACAUAGAAGAUAAACUACAGGACGCAACCUCAGAGCCCAACAGGAAGCUCUUCCUGUACUCUGCCCACGACACCACUCUGAUACCCUGUCUCAUGGCUCUGGGGAUUUUUGACAUGCGAUGGCCACCGUACGCUUCAGACAUCACCCUGGAGCUGCACCAGCACCGGCAGACCAAAGAGGCAUUCGUCAAAGUGUCCUACAUUGGCCAGGACCAGUUGGUUCCAGGCUGUAGUGGAGUCUACUGCCCCCUGCAGGAGUUCAAGCAGGCCCUCUCCAACUACUCACUGACCUUUGAGCUCUACGAGUCACUCUGCAACCGCACAAAGGGCGUGGCUGAACCCUGAGGCUUCUGCGACCCCCAGCUCUACCCCAUGCACUCACUGUUACCAGCCACCAUGUUUACAUCCCACCAGAGACUUCCACUCUCCAGCCCUAGCCUAGCAUUUGCCUAUCACUAGCCAGUGUAUUACAACAGAGGUUUUCAAAGUGUGAGUCUGCGGUUGUCUUAAUGCUCAUUGACGGGAGGCCCACUGUCUCAGACUUUGAAAACAGGCUGUAUUACAGUACAAACUGUGUGUUAGGAUACCUCACUGUCUAAACGCACAAAUAUAGCUUUACUGUCAAAGUGUAUAACUGGCUUUGAAACCACAUCCAGCUGAUAUCAGGGCAAUGGGCAUCCUGUGUGUUACUGCUCAUACUGGUUAAGAUGAAGAGUUUUACUUAGAGGUCUUAAUAUUUGAAAUGAUCUGGUAAUAUAUUCUGCCUAAAUAAGUGUUACCAAUUUAUAUUCAUACGUUUACAUUCUGUGACUACUAUGCACACAGCAAUGUGUAUUUACUGUAUCAAUUCAGUAUAUCUGAUUACUUUAUGCACAGUACUGUAAAUUAUAGUGCACCAGAUUCUAACUAGCUGAAAUAUGUUCUGGCUUUGUUGCUUUUAGAGUGAACUAAAUUUCUUCAUAUCAAACUGCAAUCUUUUCCUCAGGGGAAAACCAAGCACAUCAUGUACGUCAUGUUCAUAAACCAAGGGAACCAAAUGUGUGUGUGUGUGUGCAGGUUUACCCACUCCAAAUCAUUCAUUUUAGAACCUGUUAAAAGGGAAUUACUCUGCUAGAAGUCUGUCGUGAGUGAAACACUAGGUGCUGCCUUUUAGGAUUGUAUUGUGUAUAAAUUAAAUGCAUGGACAUAUGAGCAAAUAUACACCCCCACACUGGAGUGAUUUAAUUUGCUUGUUAGUUGUAUGCCAAAUCAUGGAGAGUUGCCCUGAAAUUCUUUGCCUUUGCUUUGGAGUGGUGGAGAGUAAUAAAAGAGUUGGUCAAGG